AUGGGGCCCCCGGGCAAUAGGGGAUCUUGGGGCCCCUGAGUCCUUCCUCAAACUCAAAAAAGCCUAUGAAAAAGGUACCAGGGGCAUCUCAUGGGGCCCCCUACUAACCCCGGACCCUCGGGCAGUGCCUGAAUUUCCACAUGGUCAGUCCGCCCCUGGUCACGUUAUUUAUAGAUGCACCUUACAACCAGGGGCGGACUAACAACUCAUGGGGCCCCUGGGCAAUAUUGGAUCAUGGGGCCCCUAUAUCCUUGCCCAAACUCAAAAAAGCCUAUGAAAAAGGUACCAGGGGCAUCUCAUGGGGCCCCCUACUGACCCCGGGCCCUCGGGCAGUGCCCGAGUUUCCAAAUGGUCAUUCCGCUCCUGCUUACAACCAA